GACGACGACCAAGCCAUAUAGCAUGCUUUAAUGCAACUACAGAACACAGAUAAAGUCUGUAGCACGACACUUGAUGUCCAAGCAUAUAAAAACAUUUCCCCAACGGCCGCCAUCUUGAAUUUUGAAACAACGCGCGCAACCGCGGGAAAAUAGAAUUCUUCACCAUCACCAUUGAACGAAGUAUCACUGAUGACCAUCAGCUAUUCAGUAACCAUCAUUAACGUCAACCUUUCAGCAAUCAACCAAGAGCUUUCAUUUUUCACAAAUGCGAAAUGUUCCGGUCUAGUAUUAAUGAACUUAUCUGUUUUCUGUGGAUGGAAAAUCAAGAUUGCUUUGCUAUGAUUUAACUAGGGAAGCAACCAAGAACCCAACAGACAAACAGACAAAGGAAACUUUUCAUUAAUUCAAAACAUUCACUUUGAAUAUUUAAUGUGUUUGUAUGCCUGAAAAAUAUACCGCAGUGAAAGACUGUUUGGGUGUGUGUAUCUUUGGCAUUAUGCACCAUGAAAGGUGUUCUUGAGGUAGAAGUCAAUCUGUUAUCGAAUACUUAAAUCGUGAUCUUAUUUGUUUGAUAUAAAUAGAAAUAAGGAACUUCUGACUUGUGAAAUGAAUGUUCACUGUAUGCAGUGGGUAAACGGAGAAAACUUUACAUAGAAAGUUUUUACUUUACACAAAGAAAGCCAUUUUGAAGCCUUGUUAAAGUUGAUACUUGAUUUUUAAUUGCAGGUCUGUUUGUCUCAAGUGCAUUUUGAUUUCUUCACUUUGCAAAAGGCAUCUUAAAAACAUCAAGUGGAUUUUUGUCGAAAACGUUAAACUUGGGUAUAUAGAAACGAUUGAGGAUUGUUUAAUCUUAACAAUUGUUUUGUUGGUUGUUGAAGAUAUAUUUGAAAUAUUGAGCCAACACUGUUGGAAUUAUUAUAUUUAUGCAUCAUUUUAACUUUUCCUUUUAACGUUAACUUUUAUCAUGUUAAGCCAAAAUCGCUAACGAAAUAUUUUCAUUUAAUUGCAACUGUAGUUGCCCCAUUAAAAUGAAAAUGAAUUUAAAGACAAUGAUGUAGAUAGAAUGUUACUGAAGUUCAGUUUCGAUUUUAUUGUCGACAAUUUAUGUGUAUAGAAAUAUUUAUCGUCUUUCUUUUAUUCGCAGGAAGAAUGUCCACGAAAAAAAAUAUUGAAAAAGAAGAGGAAAUGUCUGGUACAAAUAAUCUAGAAAACGACGAUGUAAAUGUCUCCAAAGAAAGAUCAAAAUCUUUAAUAAGUGUUACUUUUAACCAACUAAAGGAUCAUAUUAUGAGCUCAAAGCCAAAAAAACGACGUCUUUUAGGAAAGAAAGGAACACUAAAAGUGAAGGCUUUGAACACUAAAGGUGGUCUGUAUUUCUCUGAUUUAUUCACAACUUUAGUGGAUGCUGAUUGGAAAUGGAUUAUGGCUUUUUUUGCGCUUUCCUACAUAGUAUCAUGGUUAUUGUUUGGUCUAUUGUGGUUUGCUGUAUUUAAGUCUAGAAAACCUGAUGAAUGCUUGAUGGAAGUAAAUUCAUUUGCGAGUGCUUUGCUGUUCUCGAUUGAAACCCAGACAACAAUAGGUUAUGGUGGCAGGUCAAUAACACCAGUCUGUCCUGAUGCUAUCAUUAUUCUUAUGAUACAAUCUUUAACUGGUCUCUUUAUGUCUGCUGUACUACUUGGUUUAGUCUUCACUAAACUAGCCAGGCCAAGCAAGCGAGCAGAUACACUACUUUUUACCAAAAAUGCUGUUAUCGCCCCCCGCGAUGGUAAAUUAUGUAUGAUGUUUAGAGUAGGAGAUAUACGUGAAUCGCGAAUCCUCAACGCCGAAAUCCGAGUUCAAUUGUUUCGUACCCGAAGAACGGCCGAAGGACAAGACAUUCCGUUUUAUCAACAAGACCUUAAAUGUGGGAUAGAUUGGAGUGAUAAGGGAUCAGGAAACAACAGUUUGUUUCUCGUAUUACCGCUGACCAUUGUUCACGUGAUCGACGAAGAAAGUCCCUUCUACGAAAUGGGUCCCAACGACUUCAACUCUAUUGCAGACUUUGAAGUUGUCGCGAUCUUGUCUGGGAUGGUGGAGUCGACAAGCAUGCUCGUUGAGGCGAGAACGUCUUACCUCGGAGACGAAAUAUUGUGGGCUCAUGAAUUUUCGGAGGUCUUGCACGAGGAAAGUUGGGAUGCACAAAAAGGAAAGUAUCUGGUAGACUUCUCUUCAUUUGAUGAUACUGUACCUGUACAACAUCCUCAACUGUCAGCAAAGGAAUUUUAUAAAAGACAAGAUGAGGAAGUACAUAAAGUGAUCAAAGCUGCUCGUUCAUCUAGCAGGAGGAUUUUAUCGCGGCACGAUACAGAGAAUACUUUGGCGAAGAGAUAUAUGGAUUUGUGGGUACGAAAAUACACACUUAUUCAAGAAGAAGGAAGACGAAAAAAUUCUUAUGAAAAAACCAUUGAGACAACAAGUAGUUCCAGAACAGUGACUGGUGUCAGAACGUUAAAGGUAACUCCUCAAUCUGGCAGCCAAAACCUUAUAUAAUCAUAAGGACAAAAGGAACAAAUAAUUGACAUUAUUUUCACAUCUUUAUUAACUUUUUUUUACAAAUGUUUGUAGUUAGUUUGACUAUAGGUUGUCCAUAUUUGAAGUUCUUUGCGAAGACAUACGUCUAAAAGGAAUUUUUAAAUGAUUACUUGAAAAAGUUGACUUGAAACAAUACAAAUGAAAAUAGAUUGCUAUUGACAUCAGAUGUCAGAAGUUUUCCAGUUUUGGAAUCAUCACAAUUUAAUAUGAUGGGGGCAAACUUUUUGUCAUCAAUUGUCAACAUAGAGCAGAAAAAAACUGUAAAACAAAGUCAAAUAUAAUUUCUUUACCUUUAACUCAACAACUUCAUUUGACAGUUGGCCAUCUUAAAAUAAACAUGAACUUUUAGA